AUGGCAAUCUCAAAAGGCGAAAAGGUCGGCGAAUCGUCCACCUCAGCCGCGAAGAAGGCUCUCAAGGCAAAUACCAAUGGAGUCGCAAACUACGAGCUGCCAUGGCAAGUCACCCGCUGCCUCUCGGUUGAGAAAUACCGACCUGUGUUUCUUGACGACGUUGUGGGCAACACUGAGACUAUCGAGCGACUGAAGAUCAUAGCUAAGGAUGGAAAUAUGCCUCAUGUGAUCAUAUCCGGCAUGCCGGGUAUUGGAAAGACGACUUCCGUGCUUUGUCUUGCCAGACAGCUCUUGGGAGACUCCUACAAGGAGGCUGUUCUGGAGUUGAAUGCGAGUGACGAGAGAGGGAUUGACGUCGUACGGAAUCGAAUCAAGGGCUUCGCCCAGAAGAAAGUCACUCUUCCCCAAGGCCGACAAAAACUCGUCAUCCUCGAUGAAGCAGACAGCAUGACAUCCGGCGCCCAACAGGCACUCAGACGUACUAUGGAAAUAUACUCUGCGACCACUCGGUUCGCGUUCGCGUGCAACCAGUCGAACAAGAUAAUCGAGCCCCUCCAAUCUCGUUGCGCCAUCCUUCGAUACUCCCGCCUUACAGACGCACAGGUUGUCAAGAGGCUUCUGCAAAUUAUCGAGGCUGAAAAGGUCGAAUAUGCUGAGGAUGGUUUAGCUGCUCUAGUAUUUAGUGCAGAGGGUGAUAUGCGGCAAGCUAUCAACAAUUUGCAAUCUACGUGGGCGGGGUUCGGGUUUGUGAGCGGAGACAAUGUGUUCAAAGUUGUCGACUCGCCGCAUCCUAUCAAAGUUCAAGCCAUGCUGAAGGCAUGCUACGAAGGCAAGGUUGAUGCUGCGUUGGAGACACUGAAGGAGCUGUGGGAUCUGGGGUAUUCGAGCCACGACAUUAUCAGCACGAUGUUCAGAGUCACCAAGACGAUACCGACAUUGAGCGAGCACUCGAAGCUGGAGUUUAUUAAGGAGAUUGGAUUUACACAUAUGAAAAUUCUGGAGGGUGUGCAGACACUGCUGCAGCUCAGUGGAUGUGUGGCGAGACUAGCGAAGCUGAACAUGGACUCGAAGAAGUUUAUUGCUGCAAAGUAG